UUGGUGUUUCAGUAAUAGUUAUUAUGUUUUCAUUAGUAGUCUGGAUUCGAAUGGUUCAGUAUGGAUAAAUCGUUGCCUCAUUCACACGUCUCGAAGCUUCAAGUGAACCUAAUAACAGAGGUGAUGUUAGACGUGCCGCUGCUGCUGCAUUCCAGGCAGGGCCAGCCGCCAGUCAGUCUACCUUACUUUGCUGCUGCUGCUGCUGUCGCCUACGCUGCUGUUGCUACUGCUCACUACUGUUGGCGAUAGGUACUGGAUACUGCUGGCUGACGCUACUGGGUACUGCUGGCUGACGCCACUUAAUACUGCUGGCUGACGCUACGCUAAAUGUUUACAAGAGCAUUCUCAGCGACUUUUAGGUUUUCACACAUGCAAAUGAAUAAUAGGGUAAAAUUUUCGUUUCGGUCAUCCAUGUAUCUGAAAAUUCUGAUAAAAAAUCUAUGGCCAAAAAUUUGAUGUUCGGCCAAUCACUUAGGUAAAUUUACAGUUUCAGCCACAACUACUGCUCGACCAUAAAGUUUUGUGUUUCCAAAGGUAUUUGGUCUCAGUCAUAUGAAUUUAACCUUCAUUUCUAUCUAUCUACCUAUUGUUUUGGGAGAACCAAGCUCAUAUUAGGUCAUGUGGUCAGGGGUGUGACCUGAGUAUGUACUGUACGAGGGGCGGGCAACUCACAAUGACUUGCCCGCCCCUUAGCCCGGAUUAAGUCCACCCCCUGCUACUCCCUCAGCGCGCGGCUGUACGGCCCAGGUGGCUGGACACGACCUCUUAAUUGGGGAUAAUCAUCGGGAAUUUAAACAGAUUUCACUCAAACGUUGAUAAUUAUAUGUGCUGUGUUCAAGGAAGUUUUCAUAGUAAAGGUGAAAUUGUUUGAUAGUUGAAGGUACAGUAUAGUGUGCUGAGGUGGCCCUGACUGUGACCCACCAUGAAGAUAGUGUUAAUUUAAACUUUCCUGCACUAAGACGCGUGACAAUUACACUUGGGACCCGGAGAACUGUUUUAACUUUACGCUGUCGUCUACUAGGAUAGUGUCACGUAGACUGUACCUUGUUCGCUAGUUUUAGUUCUUUUCAUCAGUGUAAGUUUAAUUCACGUGGAGCAUAGGCCUCUUGGUAUUCCGGAAAGUGAAAUAAUGCAGCAACUUCAACGCUGACAUCUCUCGGUUGUUAAAUUACAAUGUCCAGUGUUCCAGAGUAAACAGUGGGUGUGGUCACGCCCGUCACAGAGGUGAUCUGUUAUCCCAGGUGCGACGCAGGUGUGAUGGUGACCUCUGGUAUAUAACAGAGGCUUAAGGUGUCUGUGGUCAGUACGAAGACGACGGUGGAUAUAUACUGUACGUCAACACCACCACCGCACUGCACCACCAAACACACUCACAAGUGGUGUAAAUAUUAUAUUUGUCAUCGACAAUACAAUUAAAGAUGAGGAUGUGGGUAUUGGUGAUAAGCGUGAGUUGUUGGAUCAACACGACCCAUGGACUUUCUUGGCUGUUCUCCCGUCCAGUGAAGGACCCCAGUGGCCGUUACAACGCCUGGGACCUGACUCACACCUUCCCUCAACCAUACGAUCCAUAUUACAACCUGCGUUUGUGUAACAACGACAGAGUGUGUGGGCGUCAUCAGUUUUGUGACUUGCACUUCGGUGUGUGUCGGGAGCAGUUUCUCGAAGGUCAUUCCUGCCGUCGCGACCCCAUGUGUCAGCGUGGCCUUGACUGUAUGUUGGGUACUUGUCAACCUCAUGUGGAGCGUGGGCGUGAAGGUGCCAGGUGUCACAAGAAUAGGAACUGUGAUCCAGAGUUAUGCUGCGCCCGCCACCAAGGACAACGCAUUUGUCAGCGUCUCCUCCCUCAAGAUCACAAGUGCUUCGUACCCGAUGGUGGUGUGGACUACUUCAUCAACGAGCGCUGCCCCUGUCAGCUGGGCCUCAUCUGCAAGUACACUAGCCCUGAUCCUCCCUCUUACGACCCCUCACUCACCUUCUUGUCCGCUUACGACAAUAUGAGAUGUGUCCCGCCCUCACACAGCCCUCACCACACCUGACAACAUGAGAUGUGUCCCGCCCUCACACAGCUCUCACCACACCUGACAACAUGAGGUGUGUCCCGCCCUCACACAGCCCUCACCACACCUGACAACAUGAGAUGUGUCCCGCCCUCACCACACCUGACAACAUGAGAUG